AUGGAAAAACUCUGCAGAGUUCUGAUUCUUUGCUUACUGCUCAUCUCAGCCGCACACGCCACUUCGAGAAGAAGAGAAGCGAAAGAAGACGAAGCAGACAAAUGGUUCAAAAGCUUCUCCCAGCAAAAGCAAAAAUUCGCGAAACUCCGUUUCUACAUCCAGGACAAGCUCGGCGGGCCCAACGCCACCAUCUGGGAGGUCGCUCGGGCGGAGAUCACCGCCACUUCGCCGACGAUGUUCGGUCAGGUUAGGGUUUUGGACGACCUGAUCACGGCGGAGCCCGACCGGAACUCUGCGAAGGUGGGCCGGGCUCAGGGGCACAUCGCCUCGUCGGACUUGACGACGUCCGCCCUGACGAUGAACCUCAACUUUGUGUUCACCGCCGGAAAGUACAAUGGAAGUACCCUCUGCAUAUUAGGGCAGAACCCGAUCGGGAGUAGCGAUAGGGAGCUGCCGGUGGUGGGUGGGACCGGGGUUUUCAGGAUGGCGCGUGGGUUUUCGAUCUCGAACACUUACUCGUACGAUGCUGUCGAGGAUUAUGGUGUUUUGGAGUAUACUGUUUAUGUGUCUUAUGUUGACGUGUGA